AUGGGUUUCUGGGAUACCAUCACUGACCUCGUCGAGGCUGCCACCCCUUGGUCGGUGGCCGAGGCCGAGGCUCCCGCUCACGAAACGACCGAGGAGACCACCGCCGAGACCACCCAGGAGGACACCAAGACCAAGGCCGAGGCUGCUGCCGCUGAGGAGGAGCCCGCCGCUGAGGAGGCUGCUGAGGAGGAGGAUGAAGAGGAGGAGGAGGAGGAGGAGGAGGAGGAGCUCCAAGAUCCCAAGGAUGUUUUCGAGGAAGGUGGGUACAUCGCUGCUGCUACCCCCGUCGCCGUCGCCGCCUAUGCCGUCACCAACAAAUCACCACACACCACCACCACCACCCAAACAUGCACACCACGGAGCCGCCAGCAGCAGCGAGCUAUAGUUGUCGAGGAGGAGGAGCAAGAGAUGUGGCGUGCUGCCAUGUCGCUCUGCGAGCUGAGCGGGCAGGCGUGGGCCCGCAGUGGCCGACCGACUCGAUGA